AUGUCGGAAAAGUCUCACGCGGAUUCGUCAAAUUCAGAUACUAAACAAUCAUCAUCCACUCACUCCUCAACAUUUGAUACCGGUUCUUCUUCGUCAAUAAACAAUUCGAUUUCAAAAGUGAAUAAUAGUCACAAUAUUAUAGCUAAUAACACGAUUUUUGGUACAUGUUUAGUUAUGUUUAGUGAUAUUUCAAAGAAGUCAUCUCCAACUCCACAUUUGUUUGGCCAAUUUAAUGGUACACCAUCUUCUCCAGGUGCUUUUGGUAGUAGUGGUUCAUUUGGAAAUUUAUCAUUGAAAGAAACACCAGCAAUAAGUAGUGGUAACAAUCUAUUUGCCAAUGCUCUCGGAAAAUUAUCAACAAAUUUUACUUCCGUCAAUGGGGGAUUUUCUUCGGCGUCUGCACCACUUCAAUCGUCAUUAGCAUCUCUGGGAGCAAAUAAACCGUUGUUUGGUGGUCAACAAUCAAUUCCAACAAGUUUUGCAGAUAUCACAACAAAAUCAUUAUCACAAUCAUCAUCGCACUCUACUGAUCAACCAACAUCAGCAAAUAAUAAUAUUGAUAGCACAAAAAAUUCGGUAUUUGACUCAAAUAGAGAACAUUCAUCUUCUGUUGUUCUCAAUGGUGAAUCGAAGCCAUCACAAUCUCUGGUAGAAUCCGCUGCUGAAUACGAGUCAAAAAGAUCGAGUGGAUUAAUCAAUAUUCAAGGUGAUACAUCAACCGGUGAAGAGGAUGAAAUAACAAAAUUUCAGAUGGGUGGAAAACUGUUUGUGUAUAACAGUGAAAAACAACAGUUUACAGAACGGGGAUACGGAAUAUUGAAAAUUAAUGAUAGAUUUGACGAGCAAACAAAUAGAUAUCAUUCGAGACUAAUAAUGCGUUUAGAUAAAUCAUUUCGUGUUAUAUUAAACUCACCCAUCAUCUAUAAAAUGACUGUUGAAAGAGCGACAGAUAGAAGUGUGAGAUUUGGAGCACAAGAUGAAAAUAUCUUAAAAGUGUUUGUUAUCAAAGCCACACCCUAUGAUUGCAUCGCAUUUCAGAGUGAGUUAAAAACUCGCAUUCAAAUCAUCGAACGACUGCAAUUAGAAGAAAAUCAAAAGAAUGAAAGAGAACAACAAACAAGGACAACUAAGAACAACGAUCUGAAUGAUUCUUUUGGUGAUAGUUCGCAGGAUGAUUCACUAUUACCUGUUGGUAUUCGAAAACGUUCUCAUUCGCGAAGUGGAUCAGAUACGUCGGACAAUGGCGGUGAUAUAUCAAAAAAGUCAAAAAUCGUUAAAGAUGUUAAAAAUUCCGAAGAUGAUGACGACCAACCAUCCCAACCACCAAACAACGAUGCCGAGGACGAAAACGUAGACGAUGACAGUGAAAAUAGUUACAAAAAAAGUGAACAAGAAACAGCAGCGAUUUCGCCCGAUGAAUAG